CUCUCGCCCCCAGUUCUGAUCUUUCCGGCCCUUCCUGUGCCCAAAACUCGCCACCUUCCCCAAUCUCGCCGCAUCGCUCCCAAUUCCACCUCCCGUACCCCAAGCCGCAAUCCCAAUUCAAGUGCACUCAAACAACUUGGAUCUGGCCUUUAUGAUCUCUUUAUGUGAAUAAAACAUUGUACCUUGAAGCACUGCGAUUUUAAAGUCUUCGUCGGUGAAUGCGAAAAAAUGACGCCACCUCAAGAUCCAUUUUAUAUCGUGAAAGAAGAAAUUCAGGAUUCUAUUGAUAAACUUCAAGCUACUUUUCACCACUGGGAGCAGACCCCUUCAGACACCGGAGAGCGUGUUCAUCUAAGCAAGGAGCUCCUUGCCAGCUGUGAAAGCAUUGAGUGGCAGGUGGAUGAGUUGGACAAGGCAAUUGCAGUUGCUGCAAGAGAUCCAGCUUGGUAUGGCCUUGAUGAAGUUGAACUUGAAAGACGUAGAAAAUGGACUGGUACUGCUCAUAAUCAGGUUGGUGUUGUGAGGAGAGCUGUGGAAGCUGGAAAGGAGAAGAGCAGUUCAAUCAAUGGUAUGCGUAAAGAGCUGAUGAGACUUCCCAAUGAUCAUGCUUCUCAGACAGGCAGAUCGAACCACUUCAUUGCCGACAAUGAUGAUUUUAUCUCUUCAGAAUCAGAUCGGCAGCUGCUCCUAAUAAAGCAACAAGAUGAGGAGCUGGAUGAGCUCAGUGCCAGUGUUCAGAGACUAGGUGGUGUAGGACUUACUAUACAUGAUGAGCUUGUUGGACAGGAAAGAAUAUUGGAUGACCUAGGCAUGGAAAUGGAAACUACUUCAAAUAGGCUUGAUUUUGUUCAGAAAAAAGUGGCUAUGGUUAUGAAGAAGGCUGGUGCGAAGGGACAGCUUAUGAUGAUAGCAUUCUUGAUAGUUCUUUUCAUAAUUCUUUUUGUUUUGGUUUUCUUAACAUAGAAAACAGAAUAACAGUGUGAUUGAAUAUUUUGUUGAAUGUAAGCUGUAAGCAAAGGUAAAAUAUAUUUGAAGACUUCAAAUAAAUCACUGGUGGAUAGAUGCUCAUAUAUCACUUGAAUUAUGAAGGAUCAUUAUUCAUACAUCUUAAUUUUGGAAUUCUGAGGCA